CGCCCUCCUUCCUUCUCUCCUCCUGUCCACUGGAGAGGUUUGCCCAACCUCUGCAAAGAGGGACAAUUGACAUCAUGUCUUUGCUCAACCCUGUCCUGUUGCCCCCUAAGGUGAAGGCAUAUCUGAGCCAAGGGGAGCGCUUCAUCAAGUGGGACGAUGAAACCUCAAUAGCCUCCCCUGUUAUUCUUCGGGUGGAUCCCAAGGGCUAUUACUUAUACUGGACACAUCAAAGUAAGGAGAUGGAAUUUCUGGAUGUCACGAGCAUCCGAGACACUCGCUUUGGGAAGUUUGCCAAGAUACCCAAGAGCCAGAAACUCCGGGAGGUAUUCAACAUGGACUUUCCAGAUAACCACUUCCUGCUGAAAACAUUCACAGUGGUAUCCGGCCCUGACAUGGUGGACCUCACCUUCCACAAUUUUGUCUCUUACAAGGAGAACGUAGGCAAGGAUUGGGCUGAGGAUGUACUGGCUCUGGCCAAACACCCAAUGACAGCCAAUGCUUCUCGAAGCACAUUCCUAGACAAGAUCCUGGUGAAGCUUAAAAUGCAGCUCAGCCCUGAAGGGAAGAUCCCUGUGAAGAAUUUUUUCCAGAUGUUUCCUGCCGAUCGCAAACGUGUAGAAGCUGCCCUCAGUGCCUGUCACCUUGCAAAAGGCAAGAAUGAUGCUAUCAAUCCCGAGGACUUCCCAGAACCUGUGUACAAGAGCUUCCUCAUGAGCCUCUGUCCUCGGCCAGAAAUCGAUGAGAUCUUCACUUCUUAUCAUGCUAAAGCCAAACCCUACAUGACCAAGGAGCACCUGACCAAAUUCAUCAAUCAGAAGCAACGAGACCCUCGACUCAAUUCCUUGCUGUUCCCACCAGCCUGGCCUGAGCAGGUGCAGGCUCUCAUCGACAAGUACGAGCCCAGCGGCAUCAAUGUGCAGAGGGGCCAACUGUCACCAGAGGGCAUGGUCUGGUUUCUCUGUGGACCAGAGAACAGUGUCCUGGCCCAUGAUACUCUGCGGAUCCACCAAGACAUGACACAGCCUCUGAAUCACUACUUCAUCAACUCCUCACACAACACCUACCUGACAGCUGGCCAGUUUUCAGGCCCUUCCUCGGCUGAGAUGUACCGCCAGGUGCUGCUAUCUGGCUGCCGUUGUGUAGAAUUAGAUUGUUGGAAAGGAAAGCCCCCCGACGAAGAACCCAUCAUCACCCAUGGCUUCACCAUGACCACAGAUAUCUUGUUUAAGGAAGCAGUCGAAGCCAUUGCAGAAAGUGCCUUUAAGACCUCCCCAUAUCCUGUCAUCCUGUCAUUUGAAAACCACGUGGACUCACCCCGCCAACAGGCUAAGAUGGCCGAGUACUGCCGGACCAUGUUUGGAGAGACCUUGCUCACAGAUCCCCUGGAAAACUUUCCUCUGAAACCUGGCAUGCCUCUGCCCAGCCCUGAGGACCUCCGGGGCAAGAUCCUCAUUAAGAAUAAGAAGAACCAGUUUUCUGGGCCAGCAUCCCCCAGCAAGAAGCCUGAUGGGGUGUCCGAGGGCGGCCUCCCAUCUAGUGUCCCUGUAGAAGAGGACUCGGGGUGGACUGCUGAGGACCAGACUGAGGUGGAGGAGGGAGAGGAGGAGGAGGAGGUGGAAGAAGAGGAAGAGGAGGAGUCAGGAAACCUGGAUGAAGAAGAAAUUAAGAAGAUGCAGUCUGAUGAGGGCACAGCAGGCUUGGAGGUGACAGCUUAUGAGGAAAUGUCCAGCCUUGUCAAUUACAUCCAGCCCACCAAGUUUAUCUCCUUCGAGUUCUCUGCACAGAAGAACAGGAGUUACCUUGUCUCUUCCUUCACCGAGCUCAAGGCCUACGAGCUGCUCUCCAAGGCCUCCAUGCAGUUUGUGGACUAUAAUAAACGCCAGAUGAGCCGCGUGUACCCCAAGGGCACACGCAUGGACUCUUCCAACUACAUGCCCCAGAUGUUCUGGAAUGCCGGAUGUCAGAUGGUUGCCCUGAAUUUCCAGACAAUGGAUCUGCCCAUGCAGCAGAACAUGGCACUGUUUGAGUUCAACGGGCAGAGUGGCUACCUCCUAAAGCACGAGUUCAUGCGCAGGCAGGACAAGCAGUUCAACCCCUUCUCAGUGGACCGCAUUGAUGUGGUGGUUGCCACCACCCUUUCCAUUACGGUCAUCUCUGGGCAGUUCCUGUCAGAGCGCAGUGUGCGCACCUAUGUGGAAGUAGAACUGUUUGGCCUCCCAGGGGACCCCAAGAGGCGCUAUCGUACCAAGCUGUCACCUACUGCUAACUCCAUCAAUCCUGUCUGGAAGGAGGAACCCUUCAUUUUUGAGAAGAUCUUGGUGCCUGAGCUGGCCUCCCUCAGGAUAGCUGUGAUGGAAGAAGGCGGCAAAUUUAUUGGACAUCGCAUCAUCCCCAUCAAUGCCUUACAUUCCGGAUACCACCAUCUGUGCCUGCGCAGUGAGAGCAACAUGCCUCUCACAAUGCCUGCUCUCUUCGUCUUCCUGGAGAUGAAGGACUACGUACCUGACACGUGGGCAGAUCUUACUGUGGCUCUCGCCAACCCCAUCAAGUACUUCAGUGCCCAUGAUAAGAAGUCUGUGAAGCUCAAAGAAGUGACAGGAAGUCUGCCUGAGAAGCUCUUCUCUGGGAUUCCUGUUGCCAGCCAGUCCAACGGGGCUCCAGUCUCCGCAGGCAAUGGGUCAACAGCGCCUGGGACCAAGGCCAAGGAGGAAGCUACGAAAGAAGUGGCAGAGCCACAGACCACCAGCUUGGAAGAGCUGCGGGAGCUGAAAGGCGUGGUGAAGCUGCAGCGGAGACAUGAGAAGGAGCUUCGAGAGCUGGAGCGGCGUGGAGCCCGGCGCUGGGAGGAGCUGCUGCAGCGUGGCGCCGCACAGCUGGCUGAGCUCCAGGACCCAGCAGCAAGCUGCAAGCUCCGCCCGGGCAAGGGCUCCCGCAAGAAGAGGAUCGUGCCCUGUGAGGAGACCGUCGUGGUGCCUAGGGAGGUCCUCGAGGGACCGGACCCCCGCGUGCAGGAUCUGAAGGACAGGCUGGAGCAGGAGCUGCAGCAGCAAGGCGAGGAGCAGUACCGCUGUGUCCUCAAGCGUAAGGAGCAGCACGUGACCGAGCAAAUCGCCAAGAUGAUGGAACUGGCCAGAGAGAAACAGGCUGCUGAACUCAAGACCUUCAAGGAGACCUCGGAAACUGACACCAAAGAGAUGAAGAAAAAACUGGAGGCCAAAAGGCUGGAGCGGAUCCAAGCCAUGACCAAAGUCACCACAGACAAGGUGGCCCAGGAGAGGCUCAAGAGAGAAAUUAACAACUCCCACAUCCAGGAAGUGGUGCAGGCUGUCAAGCAGAUGACAGAGACCCUGGAGCGUCACCAGGAGAAGCUGGAAGAGAAGCAGACAGCCUGCCUGGAGCAGAUCCAGGCAAUGGAGAAGCAGUUCCAGGAGAAGGCGCUGGCAGAGUAUGAGGCCAAGAUGAAGGGCCUGGAGGCUGAAGUAAAGGAGUCAGUGCGGGCUUGCUUCAAGGCCUGCUUCCCCACGGAAGCAGAAGAGAAGCCUGAGGGGCCCUGUGAGGCCUCUGAGGAGUCGUGUCCACAGGAGCCACUUGUGAACAAGACAGACACCCAGGAGAGCCGCCUCUGAUGCCAGCAUCUCACCCCGACAUUUUAGCAAGGAUAUCCACGCCUUUCUCCUCGGGAGAAAAGGACCUUAUUACUCUGGGGCUGUGGGAGCCUGGGGCUGCCUUGGCUGCCGCAGCGCCGCUUCUCAGCCACAUAAGGCAGAAAUGGGAGACCAUUGGGGCAAGAGCCCCAUGGAACCCGAGUCUUUUCUAAGCUGGCUUCUUCUGUCUGUCCCACCUGUAGUGCCAUAUACUUAUUGAAGGCAAAGGAAUACGGACCAAGA